AUGCUCUGGGCACUGACCGCAGCCAGGGCGGUCCUGGGACACAGGACGGCAGGCUGGGUGAGGACUAUGGCCUCCCACUCGCUGCUGGUGGCCCCCCCAGCGGCCCUGAGCAAACCGCUGUUCAUCCCCAGCCGGCUUCUGCUGGGGCCCGGCCCCUCCAACCUGACCCCCCGCGUCAUGGCGGCCGGGGGGCUGCCGGUGCUUGGACACGCGCAUCAGGAGGUGUACCAGAUCAUGGAUGAGAUCAAGCAAGGCAUCCAGUACGUGUUCCAGACCAGGAACCCCCUCAGCCUGGCCAUCAGCGGCUCCGGGCACUGCGCCCUGGAGGCUGCCCUGUUCAACCUGCUGGAGCCCGGUGACCCCUUCCUGGUCGGGGUCAGCGGCAUCUGGGGGCAGCGGGCCCAGGACAUCGCGGAGCGCAUCGGAGCCCGCGUGUGCCCAAUGGUCAAGGCGCCUGGAGGCCACUUCACUCUACAGGAGGUGGAGGAGGCCCUGGCCCGGCACAAGCCAGUGCUCCUGUUCCUGGCCCAUGGAGAGUCGUCCACCGGUGUACUGCAGCCCCUCGACGGCUAUGGGGAGCUCUGUCACAGGCACCAGUGCCUGCUCCUGGUGGACUCAGUGGCAUCCCUGGGUGGGGCCCCCAUCUACAUGGACCGGCAGGGCAUCGACGUCCUGUACUCGGGCUCCCAGAAGGUCCUGAACGCGCCCCCGGGCACCUCGCUCAUCUCCUUCAGCGACAAAGCCAAAAACAAGAUCUAUGCUCGUAAGACCAAGCCCGUCUCUUUCUACCUGGACAUCCAGUGGCUGGCCAACUUCUGGGGCUGUGAUGACAGGCCCAGGACGUACCACCACACCACCCCCGUCAUCAGCCUGUACAGCCUGAGGGAGAGCCUGGCCCAACUGGCGGAGCAGGGCCUGGAGAACAGCUGGCAGCAGCACCGCGAGGCCUCAGAAUACCUGCACACGUGCCUGCAGGGGCUGGGCCUGCAGCUGUUCGUGAAGGACCAGGCACUCCGGCUGCCCACCAUCACCAGCGUGGUGGUCCCCGUGGGCUAUGACUGGAGGGACAUCGUCAAGUACAUCAUGGACCACCACAACAUCGAGAUUGCGGGCGGCCUUGGGCCCUCGGCGGGGAAGGUGCUGCGGAUCGGCCUGCUGGGCGGCAACGCCACGCGGGAGAACGUGGACCGAGUGACCCAGGCCCUGCGGGAGGCCCUGCAGCGCUGCCCCCACAGCAAGCUGUGA